UAACCGAUGAAAAGUUAAUUAGAUUCAAUUUUUUUAUUUCGCAAAACAAUUAAACUUAAUCAUCUUUUCACCCGUAUCAUUGGAUUUGCUACUUAAUCACAAUACGAAAGACUUGAAACAAUUUACUUUUAAUCAUUCAACUAACAAGUUUAAUCAACUUUUUGAUUGUUCAAUAUUUUACACAAUUAGGCAAAAAUGAUUAGAUUACAAUUGAUUGUGAUGUUUUCCCUCGUAUCGGUGAUAAUUGCUUACCAAUCACCAUCAACGACUCCAACAAUUAACGGACCUCCUGAUGAUUUACUUGAAGAUUUACGGAAAAUUGCUGAAAAGAUUACCGGUGAUCCCGAUAAUUUGGACAAAUUAACCCAACAAUUAAAAGAGAUUUCGGUUAACAAUCAAAAUCUUGCAAAACUGAUUGAAAGUCAAAUGGUUACAUCGAAACCAAUCGCCAUUGAUUCUGGUAAAUUAACACCAGAAUCAACUCAAUCUGGUUCUAAUCCAUUGACAUCAAUUCAAAAUCCAUUCAACAAUGUCCUGGACUCAAUGAGUCAAUUGUUUACCAGAAUGAGAAAAGUUUUUGAACAAGUUCCGGUUCCGGCAAAUAGUAAUAUCAAUCCAUUGAAAGCCUUACAAGCAUUGGAAUCUCAAUUUCAAAGUCUCAUGAAUGGAUUCAGGAUCAAUAAUCCCCUGUUAGGAGGAGGAAGUGAUAAAACUGAUCAAAAAGUUGAAACCUCUACACCAUCAUCAUCAAAUUAACGACAAUUAACUAACCUUAAAUCAUGAAAUUAACAGUAAAAAAGAAUUGAAAUAAACCAAUGAAAUGUAACAAAAA